AAAAAAAAAGAAAACGCCUUGCCAACGUACUUUUGUCCUCCACUCUCGUCUUUCAAAAUUCCCCGCCACCGUCCCCUUUUUCCGUCGCCGAGCUUCGCUGAAUCAGCUUUUGCAUUCACACUCACUGUCAUAUUUUACAAAACUUGAACCCAGUUUGCACAUGUUGUAGGUUUAAAUAGUUGCAACUAUCAGUAUGAGUGACUUAUCAAGGGAGGAUUUUAGUAAUACGCUUCGAAUACUUGUUGCUACGGAUUGCCAUCUGGGCUAUAUGGAGAAGGAUGAAAUACGGCGGCAUGAUUCUUUCCAGGCAUUUGAUGAGAUAUGCUCAAUAGCAGAACAAAAGAAUGUGGAUUUUGUGCUUCUCGGUGGUGAUUUGUUCCAUGAGAAUAAGCCCUCAAGGUCAACUCUAGUUAAGGCCAUUGAGAUUCUUCGCCGUCAUUGCAUGAGUGAUCGGCCAGUGCAGUUCCAAGUUGUUAGCGACCAGACUGUGAAUUUUGCAAAUACAUUUGGCCAUGUAAAUUAUGAAGAUCCUCACUUCAAUGUUGGCUUGCCAGUGUUUAGUAUUCAUGGAAAUCAUGACGAUCCUGCUGGAGUGGAUAAUCUCUCCGCUGUUGAUAUUCUCUCAGCCUGCAAUCUUGUAAACUAUUUUGGGAAAAUGGUUCUUGGGGGUUCUGGUGUUGGUCAGAUCACUGUGUAUCCUAUCCUUAUGAGGAAGGGUGCAACAGCUGUGGCUCUCUAUGGUCUUGGGAACAUCAGAGAUGAGAGACUCAAUAGAAUGUUUCAGACACCACAUGCUGUACAAUGGAUGAGACCUGAAUCUCAAGAAGGGUUGCAAGUGUCAGACUGGUUCAACAUUCUGGUGCUUCAUCAGAACAGAGUGAAGACAAACCCAAAAAAUGCCAUAAAUGAGCACUUUUUACCACGUUUUCUGGACUUUGUGGUGUGGGGGCACGAACAUGAAUGCCUUGUGGACCCUCAGGAAGUUCCAGGGAUGGGAUUUCACAUUACACAACCUGGUUCUUCAGUUGCAACAUCUCUGAUUGAUGGAGAAUCAAAGCCAAAGCAUGUGCUACUUUUAGAAAUUAAGGGGAAUCAAUAUCGUCCAACCAAGAUUCCUUUGACGUCAGUGAGGCCUUUUGAGUACACAGAGAUUGUAUUGAAGGACGAACCUGAAAUUGAUCCCAAUGAUCAAAAUUCAAUUCUUGAACACUUAGACAAAGUGGUCCACUCUCUGAUAGAGAAAUGUAGAAAAAAUGUUGUUAGCCAAUCACGGCUCCAACUUCCAUUAGUCCGCAUAAAGGUAGACUAUUCUGGGUUUAUGACAAUAAAUCCUCAAAGAUUUGGACAGAAGUAUGUGGGGAAGGUUGCAAACCCACAAGACAUUCUUAUAUUUUCAAAGGCUUCAACAAAGAGCCGGAGUGAAGCCAAAAUUGAUGAUUCUGAACGGCUUCGCCCAGAAGAAUUAAAUCAGCAAAACAUAGAGGCUUUAGUUGCCGAAAACAAUCUGAAAAUGGAGAUCCUUCCUGUCAAUGAUUUGGAUGUUGCAUUACAUAAUUUUGUUAGUAAGGAUGACAAGAUGGCUUUCUAUUCUUGCCUGAAAUACAAUCUUGAAGAAACUCGAAACAAAAUUUCUAAGGAUCCAGACACUGUGACAUUUAAAGAGCAAGAUUUGGUCCUAAAAGUUGGAGAGUGCUUGCAGGAACGUGUCAAGGAAAGGUCUACUCACUCUAAGAAUAAUUCUCCAUUCACCUCAACUGCUCCAUCUUGGGAGGAUUUCAGAAGUACAAGUGCUGCAGGAACUGCAAGUGCAGUUUCCUUCAGUGAUGAUGAAGAUACAACACAGAUGACGGGCUUAAAAUCCACUUCCAGGGGCCGCAAGGGCCCAUCCAAGCCGUCUUCUUCAGAAGUUGGCAAAGGUAAAACUUCUACAAGAGGAAGGGGAAGGGGUAGGGGUAGGGGCUCCAGUAACUUGAAGCAGACGACUCUCGAUGCAUCUCUUGGAUUCCGGCAGUCUCAGAGAUCUGCAUCAGUUGCUGCAACUGCUGCUGUCCGAAGUAUUGCCGAUAAUGGGGAUGAUGUGGAUUCUCCUUCAAGUGAAGAGUCAGGGAAAUUUGGAAAUGAUGAGGUGGAUAACAGUUCGGAAAAUGAUGAAAGUCUUCAGAGUAGAGGACGGAAAAGGGCUGCUCCAAGGGGGAGAGGUAGAGGCUCUACACAACCCUCUAAGCGUGGAAAGAAAUCCGAUAACUCUGCAAUUAACCGAAUGUUUAUGAACAAAGAUGAUGAAGAUGACGAUGAAGAGGAUCUGACGAAGAGAUUUAAUAAACCUCUGCCUCGGGUCACAAGAAACUAUGGCAAUCUAAGAAGGUAACAAUCAAUCAAGUUAACCCGUUGCAAGGUAGGCCAACUUGAUGUCCUGUUCUCUACCUCAUGUACCUCCAUUCUGGUGCAUAAUGACAUACACAAUCCUUUAAUAGAAGCUUAUGCUUGAAGUCUACGGUCAAGCAGUUUGACCAUGUUCCUAGCGGUGAGGUGCAGUUCUAGAAUGUAAUUUGAUUGUUGGAAGAGUGGAUGCCCACUUCCUGUUGAUCCUGUGACUCUACUAAUUGGGUUUGAGUGAUACAUGAUGUGCGGCAGCUUAAAACAUUUUGGGGUAUUGAAGUUACCAUAAUUUUUUUCA